CUAUAAACACAGUAACCUCCCCAUCAGCCUUGUUACUUCAAAUAACAUAGUACCACAUUUACAACAACAUUAGAAUACACACACAAAAACAAAAACAAUGAGAGAACAAGAAGGUACCUACAAUCUUCAUGGCCAAGUUUAUUCAUGGUGCAGCUAGAAAGAUGACACAACUUUGUCGAAAAGUUGUUCAUGUCAAUAUCCGGUGGAGAAUAGUAGAAAGGGUCUCGUUCAUUAGGCAAUUUUUUCGAUUCAUUUGGGAUAGAAUUAUAGUUUGUUCAAUAGGGAAGUCGACUCAGUACCGGCGGUUGUCCAGCCGGGGUUCUUAUGCGCUGCCGCCGGAGGCCGUAGAGGCGGGUUUGGGAUUGGAUGAACAAGCCAGCACCACAUGUAGUGAGCAUGACUUGGAUUCGGAUUUGGUUACCUUGAAAAUCAGCUUGUUGGGUGAUUGCCAGAUUGGUAAAACAAGCUUUUUGAUCAAGUAUGUGGGAGAUGAGCAGGAAAAGAGAAACUUGGAGAUGGCAGGAUUAAAUUUGAUGGAUAAAACUUUAUCCGUACAAGGUGCCCGGAUUUCAUUGGAAAUAUGGGAUGUGGGAGGUGACCACAGAUCACUGGACCAUGUUCCAAUGGCUUGUAAAGAUGCAGUAGCAAUUUUGUUUAUGUUUGAUCUUACUAGCCGGACUACACUAAAUAGUGUUAUUGGAUGGUAUAAUGAAGCAAGAAAAUGGAAUCAGACUGCAAUUCCCAUAAUAAUAGGAACAAAAUUUGAUGAUUUUGUUAGGCUUCCCCCGGAUUUGCAAUGGACAAUUGUGACUCAGGCCAGGGCAUAUGCAAGGGCAAUGAAGGCGACACUUUUCUUCUCAAGUGCAACCCACAACAUCAAUGUGAACAAGAUUUUCAAAUUCAUUAUGGCCAAGCUCUUUAACCUGCCGUGGACGGUAGAGAGAAAUUUGACUAUUGGGGAGCCCAUCAUCGAUUUCUAAGGUGUAAUUUUGCACUGACCCAUGUCUGUACAUAGCUGAUCAA